GGGGAGGGCGGGCAGUUUCCGCGGUGCGGACGGGUGUUGGAGCUGUUUUUCUCUGCGUCACUUCACGCAGUAGGGGUACCGUUUGUAGGAAGGGCGGAUUUCGGUGUAAACGAUCCAGCAGAGGGAACAUUGUGCAGGCAGGGGCUUGUUAGGAAGCAAUGAGCGAGCGGUGGGGAGCCGGUGCCAGGUGCGGCCUGCAGCUCGCCCGUCGCGGCUAAAUAGCUGCCGGUUGCUGGUGGGAUGAGGUAAUCGGGCUCCCGGUUGACACUGCCUGAGAGGCAGCUGCUGCCCAGGCUUCACUUCACCCUCUAGCCUUUUGUUCCGUUGCCUCCCGCCCGUGCUUUUCGGCCGUUAUUGAUUGAGGUGGGGGUGGGCCUCGGGGUCGAUCUUGUUGCCGGCCUGAGGAUGUUCGGUAAUAGCCGGCGUGCGGGCCGCCUGCCCUCGCUGCUGUUGUUCGGCCUGCUAGUGCUGGCCGCCGUCGUGGCCUUCAACUACUGGAUGGUGUCGUCGCGGAACAGCAGGUUGCAGCUUGAGCUGGCCGAGCUCCAGGUGCAGGUGAAGAAAACAGAUACAGCUAAAAGUCGUCUAGAGAAAAGAAACUCAGAGCUCAUGGGGCAAGUGGAUACUCACAGGAGACGGCUUGAUGAAAAAGAAGAUGAAUGUAAUAAUUUGGGUAACCAGCUACAAAAUAAAGAUAAUUUGAUGAAGAAAUGCAUAGAGGAGAAGGUUAAAUUUCAAAACAAUGUAACAGAGCAGUUGUCGGUGAUCCAUCGGUUACAAGAGCAACUCACCGAGUUACGACAAGAGUUCAUUAAGCAGGAUGAACAGCUUCAGGAGUACCGGAGAAAUUCCACAACCUUGGAGAAGAAAUUAGAAUAUGAGAGCCUGCAAUGUGGUCAGCAGAUCAGUGCACUAAAGGAGCAAUGUGAAGAGAAAAUCAAAACUCUACAGAGAGUGCACAAUCAGCCUCCAAAACAUGAAGAAGAUACCAAACGAAACCAACUUGGAGAGGAGAAAGAGGAAGCAUCUAAACAUGGUGAAUCUGAUUGGAAUUACAAAAAAGUAAAUCUUGAAAACAUACCACAGAUUGCUAGGAACAAUAAACCUGCCAUUAAUCUUGAUGGAAGCAAACUGCAGCCUCAUCAGGACAACGAGAUUAAAUUACUAAAUCUGGGCAAAGGAGAUGAUGAUGCUGGAAUGCCUGGUGUAGAAGAAAACGAACAAGGAAAAUCCAUGGAUUUUGGGCAGAAAAGGAUUAACUUUGCCAUCAAUCAUUCAGAUCACAAAAAUGGAAUGAAUUUGGAAAGGAUUGAGAAACCUCUGUCAAAGAAUGUUGGAAUCCCUGGAAACAAGCUGAUUAUGGAGAAUGAAGUGGAGCCUGACCAUUUUGUCAAGAGUCCAGUGAUGCAAGCUCCACCCAAGCCACCUCUGCAGCAUGAUAACCAACAGGACAUUGUAAAAGAAGAUAAACAGGGCAAUAUAAACAUGCCAAAUGCAGCAGAUCACAAGGACCAAGCCAACAUGGAUGAUGAUAACAUCCACGUCAAGGCAGAUGAAGUUGGCGAGUCUCAGAAUCAGCAGCCAGCUUUGGAUAAACAACAUCAAGGAAAACUAAUGCAUCACUUAACCAAGGAAUCGAUCAUGCAGCCACCAUCUAAUCAAGUUCAGCAUUUUGUUCCUGGCCAAGCUUUGUCAAAUCAUUUUUACCGUCAGGGUGCAAAAGGACAUGAGAAAGCAAACGAACCAAGAGAGCAUGUUAAAGGUCAAGGCCAGUUCUUUGAUGAAAAUGAAUCCCCAGCUGAUCCGCAACAUGACUCUAAAGUGGCGGAUUAUAAUGGGGAUGAUGGUAAUGUGGGUGAGUACGAGGCAGACAAGCAGGCCGAACUGGCUUACAAUGAGGAAGAGGAUGGUGAUGGUGGGGAAGAAGACGUCCAAGACGAGGAGGAACAAGACCUUCCAGAGGCUGUGAACAAUCCCGCUGUAUAUGAAAAGCGGCGCUUUGCAGAAAAUGGUUUGUAACUAUCUGAUACCAGAGUGAGCCUGAGUUUUAAUGGGCCCUGGAAGGAAUCCUGAUUAGAAUACUUAAUGCAAUAAUGCAAAAUCAUUGUAUGGUGUGCCCUGGCCUUUUUACAAGUGCAUUACUUGAUAAAACUUGAACUUGUAUCGAUAUGUUGGGUGAAAUAGGAAGAGAUUCAGACUAGUAUUUCUUAAAGUUGAAAUGCAACUUGUUUAGAUUACUUUUAUUAUUUCAAACAUUCUGGGGAGGGGUGGGGAAGUUUCGUUUACCUCUGUACAUUUUUUGUAUAUUUUGUACUUUUGAAGAUUUUAUGAACAAAAUUUAGUUAUUUUGAAUGGCUGAGUUCACUAAAUCAAUACACAAAAUCAGCAACUUAACUGAAUCGGCAGUAAUCUGCUAUUUUCCAGUUAAUCAAAGUAACAUUGGAAAAAUUGUCUGUUUGAAAUCUACGCUAUUAAAAAGAUAACUGCAGCUAAAUAAUCAUUUUGCCUUGUACAGCUGAUUAUCAGAUUUAGUAUUGCCUUGUUCUGUGAAAGCAGUGAAUAUUGUCUUGGUUCUAUGGAAGAAGUGAUGAGAAUCUAUUGAAUUCAUUCUGAAGUUUUAACAAACAAGGUGAAUAUAUACAGUAGAUAUAUCUAGUAAUUUAUAAUGGAGCAAAUGAAAUUAACCGAACUGUCUUCAACAGUAGUAUUGUUUGGGUAUUGAUUUCUGCGUGCAUUCCUUUUGUUGCUUCCAACGACUUGUGUACUGCAAUGUAAAUAAAUUCCAGGGAGAGUCAUGAAACCUGGACAGUGCUACCUGCAGUUGGGUAUAGUGCUGGCAGUUUGCUGAACCUGGGAGCUGCAAUGCAUCGGAACUCUAUAGCAGAUAACGGACCAUCAUCCAUCUUGAAAACACUGGUACAGAAUAACAUGCACGUCAGUUGAUAUUGUUGCUUGGUAGACGGAGAACUAAGGGCAUUUUAAAAAGGAUUAAAUGAUGGACGUCGCCUGUCCAGUGAAAAUUAGCUGUCACAUCUGCAGCACUUAAUAAAAUACAAACCAAACACUA